GGAAUAGAACACUUUGCCAGAACUGUAGAAGCCACCGCCCACCGCAACCCAUCUACUUCUCCGGCAGGGCAGGACACCGCCGAGGCGGAAGCGGAAGCGGCCAGGCGCGCCGACCGCACAAGCGCCAGGCUAUGCCUUCCUCCCCCGCCCCAUCCCCCGUCGUCGUCAUCAGCGACACCGAAAGCGGCGGCGACGGCGACGGCGAUGCCGUCUCCGACGCGCUCUCGGGGCCCGCCGCCGAGCGCAUCGCGUCCACCCUGAUCACCCAGGCCGCGGUCGACGCCCUCUGCGAGAAAUACGGCGUGCCGGGUGAGUUCACCCGGCGCCCCGCCGGGGAGCUGCGCGCGUGCAGCGUGCCGCCUCCGGGGGCCGUCUGCGUGUACGCCCACGCGCUGGAGGCCGGAGUGCGGUUCCCGCUGCACGCGUUUUUGCGGAAGGCGCUCACCCACUUCCGCCUCGCGCCGGGCCAGCUCACGCCCAACGGGUGGCUCGUCCUCGUCGGAUUCGUCGUGCUCUGCCACGAGGCCGGCGUGCGGCCGUCGAUGACGCUGUUCCGGCACUUCUUCUCCCUGUCGACAUGGAAGAACGGGAGCGGCUGGUACUUUUUCCGCAGCAGGGGAAGGGGAGCCGGCCCAACGCUCUUCACUGGCCUUAGCUGUUCCAAAUAUGAGAGCGAGUGGAAAGGCGGGUUCUUCUUCCUGACGUCGCCGGAGCAAUGGCCGUGCCCCGUGAGUUGGGGCGAGCCGCCGUCAAAGAGAUCCGUCCCAGAUCCGGUGCUAACGAGCCAGCAGAAGCAGUCGGCGGAUAAGCUGCUAGAGGCACACGGCGUCCCGCUUGGUCUCCGGGCUUACCUCCGCAACGCAAAUCUUGCUGCGGUCUUCUCCUCCAACCCCGCCGGCACAUCAUCGCCACCACAACCUCGUUCGCCGGCCAAAGGGGUGGAUCCACCCGUCCGCGACAUGACUGACAAUAUGCCAGUGGAGAAGACGGCGGCGCCGGCGGCAGGGACGGAGGAGGUGAAAAGCGAGGUGCACGGCGACACGCUUCCGUUGUCCGGAAACAAAAGGAAACGGGAGGAGGCCAGUGCAAAGGACGGGCUUGGCAGCGCCGCCCCUGUGUCUGACCCGCGGUCACCGCACUCGGCCGUGCCCGACACACACGACGGCGACACAGCCGACUGGAAGGUCGCACGGAAGGUGCUAGAGUCCAUCGUCACGCAGUCGAGGGUGGACAAGCUCGCGGCGUCGAAGCCCUCCGACGUCGUCGCGUCGAGCUACGUGGCAAUGCUCCAGGCCGCGAACUACGCGUCCUUCACCUCCGGCUACGCGCUGGACCUGGAGGAGAAGCUGGUGGCGCGGGAGCGCGACAAUAUGGCGCUGUGGGAGCAGCUGGACAAGGAGAAGGCGGCAAGGCAGGCCGCGGAGGCGGAGCUGGAGGCGGUGAAGCGGGCGACUGAGGCAGAGCUGGAGAGCGCUAAGACGGCGGCCGUGCAGCAGUUCAUUGGGUCUGAGGAGCACAAGCGGCGGCUCGCGCAGCAUGCGCUGGCGGGGUACGAGCGCGGCGCCGAGGAGAUGAAGGGCGUAGUGCUCCGGCACUACCCGCGCCUCGACGCCGCCAAGCUGGUCAUGCCGCUUAAGUAGCACAUUCUGACUAGCUGAUGUACGAACUUGGAGCCGGUUUUGCUGAUCUUUUGUACAGGGGAAAACAUCUCCGGAGAACUGCUGAGCCAUGAUCUAGACAUAACAAGCCUAUCUAUCCUAAUUUGUUGUUGGUGGAAGGUAUGCUCAUGGUCAAAACUGAUUGGUAAAUGUUUCCAGCCGUC